AUGGAAAUUUAUCGUAUUCCUGAAGACUUGAGAUUCGUAAAUCAGAUUGGUCAAACUCUUAGUGCAGAAGAGAAGAUCAAGUUAGAAAUAGCUUUGAUAAAGUUAGGCGAAACUUAGACAUUUGAUUAAUUGCUAUUUUGGGGAAGAAUCGAAGGAACAGUUGCCAAUUAUUAUAUUGCCAUUGGGUUGAAUUUCAAGAAUAAUUUUGAAUUCCCUCACAAAACAUUCUUCUACACUGCAAAUUUAAAGGAAUUCUAAAAUUUACCACCCCUCAAUCCAGAAUACAAAGAUUAAGUUGAAACUUUCAGACAGUUAUUUUCAGGAUAACCUGAAAAAAUACUCAUUAAUAUCACAGGUGAAGAUGGAGAUCAACCACCUGCUGAUUAACCUAAUCCAGAUGAACCUCAACAAGUUCUAAAAAAUGAUGAUGACUCCGAUGUUGAAAUAAAACCACCUCCCAAGAAUUUCUUGGAAGUGGAUAGAUUAGCCUAUGUGGUCAAUGCGAUUGAAUUCGAAUGUGCACUUCUCCCUGUUGGUGCAGUCAGAUUGACUCCUACUCAUGAAUUAAGAUAUAAUGAUUCAUUCGAAGGACUCAAUCUCUAAGAAGCAUCAAAAAUAUCCAAUUAUCAGCAUUUCAGAGCACCUCAGAGUCCCAACAAAAAGGCAUUGAUUGCAUAAGACGAUGCCCUUUUUCAUUAUGACUUCUUUGAUUAAUUGGAUGACCAUCCUGUAGGAUAAUGGAGUUUACAAACUGAUUCCUCCAAAUAUCAAGUCACUGUACGUAAUCUCUAAUGGCCAGGCUUCUUGGGUUAUCAUAGAGCAGGAACUAGAAUUUUUGGAUAUGCCUAUUUUGGUGAUGGUAUUAAGAAUGUAGAUUUGGCAUUUCAACUAUGAUUAAUAAUAAUAAAUAUCCAUGCAUUCAAAAUAAUUCAUAGUUUA